AUGUGGUGGUACUAUGGGAGUGGUUCAGCUACCAUGACCAUGGCAUGGCUCAACGCAACUAUGGAGGGCUAUUCUAACCGCACAUAUUCACCAAUAGCGCUAAGCCAAGAAUGGUCUAGAGUUAGUCGUUUGAUGUUCGUGUUUAUUCUAUGCGUCUUCGGAACAAUAAUGAACGGCUUCUUUAUUGCCUCCUUUUUCGUUGAGAAUAAACUUAGUAAGAAAGGUAAUGUGUUCUUGGCUUUGGUUGGAGUAGCGGACUUUAUGAUCACUGCAGGCGUCAUGCCUGUGUCUGUGGUGGUUCUGGUAUCGGGCCAAUAUGACAAUCCAGAUGUCUGCCACGCUCUUCAAUUCAUAACUGAAGUAUCUACCUACACAUUUACUAUGUUCUUCAUGUUAUCGGCGAUUGAGAACUACUGCCAGAUGGGUUGUUCAUCAGCACACACUCGUAAGUUUGUGAACUUGGCCGUCAAUCCCGGGAUUCUCCUGGUGUAUGGCGCCAGCAUUUCUGCUUCUGCUUACGGAGUGUACAACGGCUACGACUACGACUAUUGUCAGCGGCUCCAUCACGGUCAUUACAACUUCAGAGCAUAUACUUUAAUAUUUUUUCAUUUUGUUCCAUGCAUUAUAACUGUGACGUUCCUUCUAAUAUCAACACUUCAUGUAAAAAAACACGGCGUUGAUGAAAUUUAUUACAGGCGUUCCCAAAGAUACGAUGACGACUAUUGUCGGUCUAUUUUAAAUAUCUUGACAUAUUUCCUAUACAUUAUUACCUGGACACCCUACUUGAUCAUUAUUUAUCAGUUUCCUAAAACCUCAGACUCGAAGUUUUAUCAGUACGCUUGGCUAGGAAUUUGCAGAUCCGUUUUAACUAGCAUCUUUUACAGUACUUUGAGUAGCGAUUUUCGACGAGCUUACGGUUUCCUCAUUAAUUACUGCUUCUGCAAGACCACUGUGUCAGGCUCAUACUAUUCGCGGAAUCGAAGAGCUGCGAAAGCGGCUGCUACCAACACGGGCGUUAAUGUCAUGGCUCAAGACCUUAGCUCUGACAGAUCAGAGUCCCCUCCAAGGGAGAAUCUAGAAUUAUGA